CGGCCCGCAAAUGCUUCAGAUGAAGGUGGCAUCAUCAGCUGACCGCCCAUCAUCACCACCACCAUAAUCUCCAAUUCCCCAUUUCCCCAACACCAAAUUACCCCUCUUCCAAGAUACAGCAUAGAGACUACCAACCUCAAAACCUUGAACAUGACCAUCGAAAUUCACCCCGCAACCCCCUCUGACGCCCCCGCCCUGGCCGAAGUCUUCCUCUCCACAUUCUCCGACAACUUCAACGUCGCCCUCUUCCCCCGCACUCAAGAUGUCCGCGACUGGUGGAUUAGCAAAUUCACAUCAGACAUCACCAGCUGCACGAGCUCUCCUCCACUAAAUAUCGUGCUCAAGGCUAUAGAUACAUCGAGUCAGAAUGGGGACGGCGAGGCAACGAUCGCGGGGUUUGCGAACUGGAAGCUUCCCGGGAACGAGGACACGGACGAGGAGGCGGUUUCGUGGCCUGAAAGCUGUAUACCCGAGUUGUGUGAGAGGUUCUUUGGGGUGAUGAAGGAGAAGAGGGAUAAAUAUAUGGGUGCAAAGAGGCAUUAUUACCUCGACAUCUUAGGGACGCAUCCGGCAUAUCGCGGUCGGGGAAUCGCUUCGCAACUGCUCCAGUGGGGGAUCAGUCGGGCGGACCAAGAGGGUGUCGAUAUCUUCCUUUCCUCCUCGCCGCAGGGGAGACAUUUAUAUGAUAAGUAUGAGUUUCGGGUUCUGGAGACGGAGAAGAUCUUCCCGGAUUAUGUGCAGAGCUAUUUGGUGCGGGCGCCAGGCCAAUAAUGAAGGUAUUCAUGCUCGAAUUGAUGCCUUUUUUUCUUGACGAAUGUAAUGAAAUGGUAUAUUCAUGUCGCAUGUCCCUCGGUCGGAGAUUUCCCUGAAUUAUUUCCUUUUCUUAUAUCAUGUUCUUCACCCAUUGUCCUCUGUCAUUGUCAUUUUCCUGUUGAUAUAUCCAAUUGCCCCUGCAUUGCCCAUCAUUUGCAAUGAACAGCCAAUCAAAGAACAGCCUCGGUUU